UACAACAUACCGGCCAAAUACGACUACGACUACACUGUACUCCGACUCCAGGAUAAGAUUCAGACGGCAGCCACCAUUAAGACCAUUGAGUUGAUCGACGCGACUCCGGCCGCCGGAUCUAAAGCCCAACUGACCGGUUGGGGGCGGACUGUGGGCAGCGAUUCCAACUCAUCCCCGGCUAAGUUACAGUACGCGGAGUUCACACUAAUUACUCGCGAGGAAUGCCAACGAAGAAGUAAUAAUGUCUUCAAUCCCCCGCCGACAGUCACCACACAAAUGAUUUGCGCCGAGAAUAAGGCCGCCUCCGGGUGUAUGGGUGAUUCCGGUGGACCCCUAGUAGUCAGUGGCAAACUGGCGGGCAUUGUCUCGUGGGGCGCCGGCACCUGUCCCCCAGACACUACUGUUUACCCCACAGCCUAUGCAGAUGUUGGCGCUCAGAGGGCAUGGCUGCAGUCAAAUAUAGUCUAAAUCGGAUACAAAUGGAUAAACGGCUUGUUAACGGACCACUCAAUUGAAACAAUAGAUUAUUAAAUGAUAACUAUUUAUGA